AAACAAAAUAAUUUUAACACCCCUAAUGACCCCUCGCGGUGCUUAUAAGUUGACAGUAUGUCUCGCAACAAAGACAAGCAUGAGGGCGCGAGCGGGCGCACGUACCACAUUAUGUCGGAGGCGGAGCGGGCGUCCGGCCGACGCGGGGGCUGGACCACUCUUGAGGUAACAGGAGGUGUGCGCGCCCUGGCGCCGCAGCUGUUCCAACUCACUCACCUGACAGCGCUGUACUUGAACGACAACUCACUGCAGCGCAUCCCGCCCGACAUCAACCAACUCGUCAAUCUGCACACGCUCGAUGUCUCUAAUAACAAGCUGCGCUCGCUACCCGCUGAGCUCGGUGAUCUUAUUCAGUUGAGAGAGAUACACCUCCACAACAACUACUUACGAGUCCUUCCGUACGAGUUGGGUAAACUGUUCCAUCUGCAGCUGUUAGGGCUGCAAGGUAACCCGCUCAGCAAGGAGAUGCUGUCCAUAUACAACGACAACAACGGUACUGCGAAGCUUCUUACUUAUAUGCUCGACAAUUUACAAGUCACUGCCACUUUACCACCACAGAGGCCUUGGAUACCUUUGACCAGACCUAAUAGAACACGUCCUACAUGUAUUUUCACAGUAAUGUGCUACAACGUUUUGUGUGACAAAUACGCCACGCGACAAAUGUAUGGGUAUUGUCCAAGCUGGGCGCUUGAGUGGGACUACAGAAAGAAGGGCAUUCUCGACGAGAUUCGACAUUACUCUGCGGAUAUCAUCAGCUUACAGGAGGUAGAGACAGACCAAUUUUACAACUUCUUUUUGCCUGAACUUAAGCAGGAUGGGUACGAUGGCAUCUUCUCACCAAAAUCCCGCGCAAAGACUAUGUCCGAAUCGGAAAGAAAAUAUGUCGAUGGAUGCGCCAUCUUCUUUAGAUCUGCCAAGUUUUCGUUAGUAAAAGAGCACCUGAUCGAGUUCAAUCAACUGGCUAUGGCUAACAGCGAAGGGUCAGAUAACAUGUUAAAUCGCGUUAUGCCCAAAGACAACAUCGGAUUGGCUGCGCUGAUCAAAACUAAGGAGGCCGCAUGGGAAAACGGUAUACCGACAGACUCAUCGAUGCUCGGACAGCCCAUUUUGGUUUGUACGGCGCAUAUUCAUUGGGACCCUGAGUUCUGCGAUGUGAAACUGAUUCAAACGAUGAUGCUGAGCAAUGAAUUGCGAUCUAUUCUUGACGACUCGGCCAGGACGUUACGUUUGGCGGGACAGCGGGACAACGUGCAACUUCUGCUCUGUGGAGACUUCAACUCUCUGCCUGACAGCGGCGUGAUAGAGUUCUUGUCAGCUGGACGAGUAUCGGCAGAACAUCGCGACUUCAAGGAGUUGGGCUACGCGGCUUCGCUGCGUCGCAUGCCAGGAUCUGAGCACGAGUUCACGCACAACUUCAAACUAGCCUCAGCAUAUAGUGAAGAUAUUAUGCCCUAUACCAACUACACGUUCGACUUCAAGGGCAUAAUUGACUACAUAUUCUACAGUAAGCAGUCGAUGACGCCGCUAGGGCUGCUGGGGCCUCUCUCGCAAGACUGGUUCCGGGAGCACAAGGUCGUCGGGUGUCCGCACCCGCAUAUACCUUCAGAUCACUUCCCGCUGCUGGUAGAGCUGGAGAUGUGCCCCACGAGCAGCAACUCGAACGGGCUGAUCGGGCGUAGGUAGCAGCCCGCGCCGCGCCCGUCCAAGGCCAAGCGCCCGCCCGCGCCGAAGCACAGCUGAGUCAGCCCGCCACUCCCAUCCCCAUCCCUCCACUCCGCACAUACCUUCCUCGCCAUAAGGACAUUGUCGAACGUGAACUCGCGUUCGCGAACUCUAAUCGAAAGACUUCAUUUCCAACAAGUGCGUUUAGCGUGUUAGAAGCUCGGGGUCUCAAAUGCAACUGAGUGUCUUAAACACCUAUACUUAAUUAUUUUAAUUCUGUGUCAAAGAUCAGUGAAGCGUCAGCUUUGUUAUUUGUACAAAUAUCAGUACACGUUGUUUUACUACUUGGCUCUCUUUUGAUGGUAGUAUGUUUUAUUGCAAUUUGUUUUGGGUGGACAUCGACGGCCGUUUUCUUAUUGCUGGAUUUUGGCCACACUCGCUGUUAAUUUUACAAUUCAUAACACAUAUAUUUGCUGUUCAUUUUUCCACCUAAAGAGAUGAGAUGAGAUAGAAUCUUAUAUAUAGUUUACCCACGCCUUAGCUGUCUUUAAGUUAUGAAAAGGGUAGAAAUAAAUAAAUAAAUAUUUUCUUUCUAUACAAUAAUCUAAUCAUGUAUUUGUAUUUUUUAUAAAACGUCCUAGAAUCAGUUUAUUUUAUUCAAUUGUCAUUUUAUAUUAUGAAAAUAAAAUCCAGCGAAUAGAAAACAAUUAGACAAUAGAGUAAUAUGAAGUGUUAAUGUAUGUAUGCACGUUUAAUUGAUUUCAUACAUAAUUGUGUAUUAGCUUAGAUGUGACGUCUUUCCGUGAAAUAGGUAAUCUGUAGCACAGCUAACUCGAAUACUAAUGUUAAAUUGUUAACUUGUUGCGUUUUAGAAAUAUUUUGUGCUAUAUAAGG